GCAUUCAACUCAGUGAGGCCACACUGAACUGAACAGUGAGCACCCCUCUUUCUGGCGUUCCGCUCUCUUCGGUGACAUCGCCCCGCCUGCUCUGCUGGGUGCUGACCUACAGAAAGGGGGCAAGCGCGGCGGCGCCAUGGACUGCGUGGACGGCGCGAGUGCCAGCACUGGCGCCGGCGAGGAUCGAUCCAAGGUUGCUUCAGAAAUUAAGUUGAUUAAACAGACUACUUGGGUCUUCGUCGAGAAAGAAUCGGUAACUGACUUAAGAGAGCGAAUUCUCCAACUUGCUGGGCAUGCUUGUCAUGAAGAAGAGGAAAGGACAGAGCUACUGGAGAAGCUUAACUCAUGUAAAAGGGAUACGCUAAUCGAACUGUGCCGUUCAUUUGAUAUCAUUGGCUCAAGAGCUAAUAGGAAGGAGGAACUGGUGUCAUUUUUGAUGAAAUUCUCAAAGGACCACUGUUCUGGCAUUGAUGGCACAAACCCUUAUAAGAAAAUCAAGAAAAGAAAGCGUAUAAAAGAAGAAGUGAAUUUGUCUAGUAGUAAACCUUCGAAGAAAAAGAAACGAGAAGGUACUGCAUUGGAAACUCAGGGUGAAGAGGAAGCAGAAGGGAGGAAGGUUGUGGAGGAUAGAAUAAACUAUUCUGACUGUGACUUGAUGAAUAACAGAUAUGUAUGUGCUGACAAUAAGAAAGGAAAAUUCCCAAAUGAAGAAGCCAACCUUGAGCCUUCUAAAAGGAUAAAUGGCUCCACGUCAGAGAAUUUGGAUGGAGUAACUCUCAAUGAAGCGCCAAUUCCUACAAAUGUACAAGCACUAAUUACCACACCAUCUGCAAAUUUGGUUACAGCUACUGAACUUGAUAGUACCAACAUGAAGACUUCAAAAAAGAAAAAAUGCUCUGUUACCAAGAAAAAAGCAACUCCAAAGGAAGAUCACCAAGUCAAAUCUUGCGUUAAACUGGAGUCUAAAGGAGAUUCGAAACCUCGAAAACAGGCACUGAAACCAAGUAGGGAUGAGCUGAGGGAAGCCAUCUUUCUUAUCUUGGAUACUGCAGACUUUGCCACGAUGACCUUUGGAGAGGUGGUAAAAAAAGUCGACAAAUACUUUGGAAAGGAUCUAUUUGAGAUAAAGCCACUAAUAAGGUCCCUGAUAGAAGAGGAACUCUUUAGGCUAGCAGAGGAGGCAGAGACGAAGGAAUUAGAAGAGGAGGAAGCAGCAGAAGCAAAAGCUAGAGCUGAACAAGCUGCUAAGGCGAGGGCAAAAGAUCGAACAGUUGAAUCGGGUGUCAACAAGCGAAAUGAACUUCAGGCUGGUCAAGGUGGUAAAAUUAAAGACACUGCAAAGAACACAAAUGGCAAUACUACUGAAAAAGGUUUCAGAGGUGGGACUUCUGUAGAGGCUGCUGACAAUGGAAACAGCAGUAAGGCUGCUGACAAUGGAAACAGCAGUAAGGCUGCUGAAAGUUCACAAGAUGGCCAAGUUGAUGCUGAUACAAAGAAUGGAAACAAUGGUGAUGAAUUCACCGAGGAUGGCAAGAGUGAAAAGGUUGCACCCAACAUAAACGGUGAUUAUGCCAUACAAGGUUCCAGAAUUGGCAAAGCUGAAACAGUGAAGAACAAAAAUGUUGACAGCCUCCAAGUUUCUAAAGAUGGCAAACUGGAAGUAGUUAGCAAAGGAGAAAAUGAUGACACUGAAGAUGACAGAGCAGAAGAAGGUAGAAGUGGAAAUAGUGGCAACAAUGCUGAAGACUUCAAUGGUUGUGAAGCUGAAGAUUGUAACAGUCAUGAAAAUGAUGAACGCGUCGAAUGUGCAGAAGAUGGCAAAACUCAGGAAGCGAACAACAAUGAGAACAGCUAAAUCGCUGUAAUCCCUGCUGAUAAAGAUGGCAAAGCAAAAGAAGGCAAUACUAAUACUGAACAAAGUCCAACAGAUGCUGGCGGCAAUAGUAAAGCUGAAGGUGCCGAUCACAAUGCUAAGACCAAAGUUGAUGUAGAUUCUGGCAAGAAUGGUACUGCUGAGAAAAGAAAGGCUGACGGUGAUGUGAAAGCUAACAGCGACAGCAUAGCUGAAAGAAGCCAAAUGUGAUGAGAUGGAUGUAGAUUACAAGAGAAGUGCUAGUAGAGUGAUCCAGCUUAUGCAGGGUUCUUGUAUCAGCAGAGUCCCACUGGUGCAAAUUUAACUCUUGUAGGAUAGCUUAUGAAUGGUCAUGGGGUCUGGCCUUUAAGAAUGGUUUGGUUAGUCUGUUAGAAAUGGUCAGAUCGUCAUGUAAAUUAUGCAGUGCCUUAGGUUGAUGUGUAUAGCACUGGAGCAGGGAAUCCAGUUGUGGACUGUUGGAUGAUGGAGAAGCAUUUGUAUGAGCGCUGGAGCAAGACAUUCAGAUUGGCAGGCGUCGUCGAACUUUACCUUGUAUGAUAGAUCGCUGAGGAGUCAGAUGGUGUUUCAGCGCAUCCUUGUGUAAAUUCUACUGUAAACAGAAGAAUGAUAUGUCCUGCAAAUUCUCAUGGA